UGAAAAAAAUGUUAUUUUUAUAAGACAAUACAUAAAUAUGUCAAAAUAAACCUUUUACAAUCGUUAAAAAUCUUUAUUUAUACCUUAAUCGCGUCCGUAAACAUCUUCAAUUUCAAAUAAAUUUGCAAGGUCGCGUAAAGUCGAGAGGACUAGGUCCGAAUAAAUUAGCAUACGUCACAUCGUGCAAAAAGUCCGUGAGCUCAGCAGCACGCCUUCUAAAAGUUUUGUUUACUUACUGUUUACAUUGUUCGUUGAUAAGAUGUCUUGUAAUAAUGACGAAGAAUAUAACUUAGAAAGCUCAGAAUCGGAUAAUUCUCUUCAUGAAAAAGACUUUACAAAGCUACAGCCAUACGAAUUUGAACCUCUUGUGUCUGACGAGGAAGAAGUUAGUAACGGUGUAGAAAAUGACGAGGUUUCUUUUACUGAUGCAGAGCCACGUACGGGUAAUGCAAAUUGGUGUGAAUGUGGAAAUUGUAGAGCAAUGGAAACCGAUACUGAAAGCGUGUGCUGUGUCGAGUCAAACGAAAUUCCUGAUGAGUUUUUCCAAGGUCAUAAAUGCGUUACAGAAGCUGCUGAUUUUCAAGUGGUUGUUUUGACAAAAGCUGUUUUAGAAACUGCGUUAUCUGCAUUGCAUGAUUUGAGAGGAGACACUUUAGAAUUAAAAAAUGAAUCUUAUCGUUACGCUGGUUAUAAACAGUUCACUUGGUGGAUACACAGUCGAUUGGGAAAAGGGGUGAGAAGAGUGAUUCCUUCUUGUGUAGUAUGGGCAAUUCGAAGAAAAUAUCCGGCAGAAGAUGAAAAAUAUGUUUUAUUCAAAGAAAGUUGAAUAAAAAUAAAAAAAUAAAAAAGUCACGUUUUAAAUCUUGUCCUGAUGGCUUUAAUGGCAUCGCUUUUGUCGGGUUUUUCAACCUCUGUUAUUCUUUCAGCAAUUUCUCCUGUUUGUGGUAACUUAUCUUUUUCGUUGUCGAUUGGUUCCAAAGUAGCCGUCAUUAAUUCUGCUAAAUACGCCUUUUCUUUCUUCUCGGUAAUUUUUUUUACGACCCAGGAUUGUGUUACUCGUGAAAAGACUUGUUUAUAGCGGAGUACUCCUUUUUUGGUAACAGCCUGUUCACAAUUAGUCCCCGAGUUAAAAUCAAGGACAGCCAGCUGCGUGCGCGCGAUCAUACCUUCCAUGCUGAAAUGAAUACGUUUCGGGCAAUAUUUGGUAAGCAAAGAAUGGAAUACCUCUAGGCUUCCCGUAUGGCAAAAGUGCGCCAAAUAGUUCAUGUCGGCAAGAGUUUUUUUAUUUUGCACAAUAGUCUCCACUGCUUCAUAUGCAGGUGAAUUCAACUUUAACCAUUUGCGUUGCUGGUCUAAUGUGGGGUGCGCACAUUCAUGGAAAUAUUCAUUGCCUUGCCAAGAGUGGAUUCCACGAAUAUGAUAAAGAAUGCUAAGCCACCUUUCACGUAAAACGUUUUCAUUUUUGUCGCAUGAAGCGCAGCACCACCAUAAAUGAUUUAUAAUGGAUUUGAUCCAAGGUAUCAGCUCAAGACAUUCUUUGCGCUUCGCAGCAGCAGUCAAGCUUUUUUUCAAGCUUUUUCCAAAGUGCCAAACGUCGAACUGGUGGUUUAUCUCAGGAUGUUCUUUCUUCAUGAAUGCGCGGAUUUGAACAUGGCGAUCUGUUGUUAAUGCUGAAACUGUCACUUUGUGGUCACGCAGCUUAUUUAGUAGCGUUACUAAUCCCCACUUCUCCAUUCGACUAGAAUUCCCUGCAGUUCUAACAUGAACAACUUGAAAGUCGAUGAUUUUAUUGAUGUCUACGCUCAUUAGAGUGUACGUACCAUACUUUGCACUGUAACCUGGAGAGUCACUUCGCCCAUCACCAAUCAAAUUCCCUUCUUUCGCAGCGCACUCAGAAUAAAUGUUAUUUCGAUAUUUUUUAUAAAAAGUGUUUAAUUUUGGAAAAAGAACGGACCUUUGAAUAUCAUAGAAGGUGGACUUAGAGAUAAACUGAAGCCUCAAAAUACUCAUCAUUUCGGCAAUGCGGGCGUAUGUGUUUCCGGAAUACAAUAUGGCUGCAGAAAGUAAUAAGUUCCCUGCUGCUCUUCCAUUUACGAUAGGUUGAGACUGCCAGCUGAAAACAUGUUUAUUUGGACAAAUACUAGUAACAAUGAUAAGAGUUCCACGUUUUACCACACGAGUAAUGCACGUUUUUUGUAAACACGUGAAACAAACUUGAAAUAAUGUCAACAGACAAGACCAGAAAACAAGAAAUUGUGCGUCGCUUUUGAGCCCUGGGUUACAUUCAGCAGUGUCAAAAGACUCUUCUUCGCUGAUAUUUUCAUCAUAACUGUCGUCGAUGUGAAUUUGUAAUUGCGGUGAGUAUAAAGAAUCAUCAGAAGGGCACUCAUCACCAGAGACGAUAUCAUGAUCACUUUCCAUAUUUGCAUUCAGCAAGAAUGUCACGUCAGCUUGCGGAGGAAAGGAUAGGUCGGUGUUAGUAGACUUACAUCGUCCGUGCGGAAGAGUAAAUUUCACUUUUAAAACAUCCUUCGUUGGUUGUAUCUCAGGAUGAAUUGCCUCUAAGGGAUCAUCACAUUGUGUUCUAACGGACCUGGUAAAAGUAUUGGCACCAACCGAUUUCUCUACCGUUUCCACAAUUGCACUAACGCCUUGUUCCUUAACCAAUGAAAUUAUUUCUUGUUCAGCGUAUACUUCAAGGUCAACAUCAUCCUCCACACUUAAAGCCUUUGCAACACACUAGAAAAAAAAUGAUCAGAAUAACUUCCAAGAAAAAAGACAGGCACAACUCACAUUUUGGCAAUAGCAUAAAUUUUAAAAACACACUUGUUUUUUAGCGAAAGUUUCCAAUCUUUUUGAUGUCGAUUCUCUUGAAUUUUCAGGCUUACUAAAAGAAAAAAUUGUUGGAACAGCAUCCUCGGUCAGCUGUCUCUUUCUUUUGAUACCAGUAAGUUCAGCCUAAAUAAACAAAGAUUAGAAGUAGCGCCGAUGAAAUGAUGCUAAUAAAAUGGGCACAUUUACCCCCUGAAAAUAUUCGGCAGGUCCUUCCAUCAAAAAGCUUCUUUUUUGAAAAACAAAGAAUAGAAACUUACGAGCGCUACGAAAGAUACAUGUCUAACUAGAUAACUUUGUAUUGGAAAUUGGUAUAAUGUUCUUUUAUAAUAUAAAUAUGUAGAAAACGUUAUUUGGUUGUGUUGUGGAUAUAAGUACAAAUAAUGAAAUGAAGAAGAAAUGAGAAACUUUGAUCGCGUUGACUAGCUAAAAUGGCAUUUUUACGAAGUGGCAAUAUUUUAAUAUGGAAGAUUAUUACCUGGAGAUCCCUUUUAAAAGAACUAUCUGUGAAGUGCGACGAACAAAUAUAAAAACUUCGAUCGCUUGGUAGAUCACCUGUACGACGUAUUUUGUUUAGCCAUUUUUGUCUGAGUUCUUUCUUUUUCACAGACGGGAUUCUGUGAAAACUGACUUCUUUACACUUUUCUGAUCGAUUGGUACAUCCAAACGCAGAGCAACUAACCAUUUUUUAAAGAUUUAAACGUAAUUUACAUACAAAAAGCGAUUUAAAUGUAAGCCAGAGGUCUUAACAUGAACGUUCUCUGCGCUCGCUUAAACUUUCUGCACGAUGUGAUGUCAUUGUUUAUAAUCGGGUCCAGUCCUAAAUGAAAUCGCGCCUGUCUGUUUUUUUAUAAGAAAAAAAUUGAAUAUGCGAAGGCUAGUACAACGAUUUUAAAUAAGGAAAACAAGUGAAGUAAGUUUUUUUUGAUUUCUUAUGCUUUUCUGAGUACGUAUAAAACAAAAAAGAAAAAAGUGAUUUUUACUGGAGUUCCCCUUUAAGAUAAAAGGUACAUCCUAUAAGCAUACGAAUCAUUACUGAGAGCCAUACCUGAUUGGGCCAAUUUAUAACAGGAUGGGGCAAGAGGUUUGGUAUAAUUACCAAACCCUUUGCACCAUCCUGUUGAAUUCAUUGUAGCACUUUGCUAAAAAUUGCAAAAGGUGGAAAUGCAUAUAUUGGUGACCAUUUUCUCCAGUCUAAUAGUGUAAGAGCAUUUACUUUUAAUGCCUCCGGAUCUGAUUCGUAAGAAACAAAAGGUUUUAGUUGGUAAUUUAUGCGACUUGCAAAUAAAUCAAUUUUAGGCUUGUAUUAAUUGUUUCACAUACUUUUUUAAAUGUGGUUUCAUUUAGCAUUCAUUCCUUAUUGUUUACACCUCUCCUUGAUUCCAUAUCAGCCAGGAAUGCAAGAAACUGUUAGCCACUUUUUAUUGUCUACGGCGGCUCAGUCCCAAAUAUGUUCCACUACCUUUCUUUCUCAGACUCGGUCCAGACGCCAUAAGCUCUUUAGAUGACAUGUUUUUUUUUAUUAGCAUUGAAUUUUUGAAAUCAGGCUCAGGUAUGCUUAGCAUUAAAAAAGAUGCUUACAUUAUGCUAGGAAUAUGCUUAUUCCCGUUACCGUUCCAAACCUAAUAACCAAAAUAAAGAACAAAGUUUCACAUUUUUAACUGUUUUUUUUUCUUAAAACACAACCAGACAAAAUGACUAAAGCAAUCAAACACUCUCUGCAGAUAACGUUCGUAAGAUUAUUGUACUAAGAUUAUCUCAAAUUAUAUCAAACUGCAUCUAUAAAACCAAAAAUGUUUCUCUCUCCUUCUUCUUCAUCUGGGCUAAAGAUGUGCUGAAAAUAUCCUAAUAUGCUUAAACUAUGCAGCAAAACAAGGGCUCACAGUUAUGCUUGUAAUAUGCUUUUUUUCACUAAUCCUGAGCUUAAAUAUGCUUGUAAACGUUAUAAAAAGAAAAAAAACAUGUAAUGGGCACGCUGUUAAGCAUCUUUAAUAUCUAGUUGCUAUUCAUAAAACAUCCUGUUGUCACCAGGUUUAGUACACUAGAUAUAGUUUUCAUUUUAAAAUGCGCCGAAUUCAGAUUUUCAUUGAGAGAUUUUAAGUUCAGGAUUAUUCUAAACGAUAUUUCAUCCUUUUUUCUGAGAAAGAUAAGGGAUACAAACUCCCCUGUUUAUGUUUAGUAUAGAUCGAUAACUUUUUUGUCUUAGAUUUUCUGUUUCUCCUGACUUAAAAAUUUUUCUUCCACUUCAAAAAACUUCUUCUUCUCUAAAUUUUCUCUAAAUUUCUCUUAAGGUUUAUCAAAUCCUUCUCUUCCGCUUAAGUUUACCUGUACAGUCGACGCUCGUUAUCUCGAACUCCCAAGGGACCGAAAGAAAAGUUCGAGAUAGCGAGCGUUCGAGAUAGCGGAGGUUCGACAUAACGAGCGUAUUUCAUAAAAAGUUCGAGAUAACGAGUUUUUCGAAAUUUUUUGAAAUUUUCAGAAAAGGGCAAGGGUCAGUAGUUCGGUCAUAAGUAUCUGUGGGCAAGCUUUUAAAAUUAAAAUUCACCUGAAUUAAGGGUACUUGAAGGAACUGUUUGGUCAAGAAAGGGAAAUGGAUAAUAAAGAAAACAGCAUUUUGCGUACAUGUAUACUUAUUGUUGAUUACAAUUACAUACAUUAUUUUUGAUCGAAAAAGCUCAAAAUACUAGUUUGCUUCUUGUUUUUCAUUUCACUUUUAAGAAACAAAUCUUCAAAGCGAAGCAGGAGGCGUUGCAUGUCAUUUCCAUCAUCAGUGAAUAGACAAGCAUUUUGUAAAGUCUCCACUGCAGUGUUUAUUUCUGAUUUUGUUGGCUUGCUCACUGGCUCAUCAAACACCUCGAUGACAUCGGCAUUUUCAUCAUGCUUCUCGUCAUUCUCAUCUGUACUUGGCCGUACCGACUCAAGGAUUUCUUCAUCAGUCACGGGAUUUUCGAUUGUGGUCAAAUCUUGGUCAAUAUCGACAACAUCACGUGCCGAGAGAUCAGCAGGAAUAAUGGUAUCGUCAAUGGCACGCAGUUGUGUGAGAUCUUUCUCCAGUUGUUUAAAUGGAUCAUCAAUAUUAUCAGUUGCAUUCUGUUGAGCUUUCUUGGAAAUCUUUGAUUUCUUGAAGCAAUUUACGAUGGUUUCUUUCUUCACUUUGUCCCACGACGAAACAAGUAUUUGAAGAGCACGCAGAAUUGAAACUUUUGGAAGAUCUUUGCCUUUUUCUAGGUUUUGAAUCAUCAUGUUGACCAAUUUUUGGCGAUAAAGAGACUUAAGACAUCUUAUGACACCUUGGUCCAUCGGUUGUGACACAGAAGUUGUAUUUGGAGGUAAGAAAAUCAAUUUAAUGUUGGGCAGUCCACCGACACCAGGGUGAGCGGGACAAUUAUCGAUGAUCAAGACUAUCUUUCGACCUUCUUUUAGAAACAUUGCAUUGAUUUCUCGCACCCACUCUUCAAAAAGAGAGCUGUCCAUCCAACUCUUCUUCUGCGCUCUGUACCUGCAGGGUAGGGAUGUUACAUUUUUGAAGCACCUUGGUUUUUUCGAUUUACCAAUCACAAACAUUGGUAGUUUAUCUCCGACAGCAUUGGCAGCUGCAAGCCCGGUAAUUCGGACUUCGCUAUUUUUACCCCCAGAGCAUUUUUCGGAUUUGUAGUGAUACGUUUUAUUUGGCAAGCAUUGGUAGAAGAGACCGAAUUCGUCGGCAUUGUAAAUAUCUUCUAGUUUGUAGUUAGUUAAUAAUGUUGGUAAAGUGGUUUCAAACCAAGAUGCUAUCAUAUCAGGUUGAACAGAAUUGCUUUCACCAACGACCGUCUUGAACGUUACAUUGUGCCUGAAAUAGAAAAUAAAACAAAUACCGACUUGUAUAAAAGAUUUAUUGUUAACCUGUUCGUGCAUUUUUUCGAAUACGAAUGUUCGAAUUUCAAUUCGAAUGUUUUUAAAAAUUCUUGUGUGAACACCCUAUCAUUAUUACUUGUGCAUGGCAACAAGGAAAAGCAAACCAGGAGAAAAAGGAGAAGAUGGAUCUUGCAAAAAUGAUAAUUGAUCAAAAUUUAAUCAAUGUUGUAAUGAUAAAAGAAUUUGAAUUGGCUUCACAUGUUAAGGGGUUCCACGUUUAUAAAGCAUUGUGGACUCCAAAAAAUGGGGAGACUUUACAAUGCGAAGGAGAGCCUAAUAAUCCCGUUGACAAAUAUGCUGUGUGUGUCAAGAAAGAAAACAAGAUAGUUGGACAUUUACCACUUGGAAAAUCUGGAAAAUUUGCUAAAACAAUAUUUUAUUUCCUCAGAGCUGAUGAAUUAAGCUCGUGCAAAGUAACUGUGACUGGCAAACCAGUUAAUUUGGGAGAUGGUGAAGGCAUGCAAGUGCCAUGCAAUUUGACAUUUAUUGGAACGGAAAAGUGCAUCGAGAUACUCAAGAAACAUAUUUAGUUUAUGUUAGUCUUUUUAAGAUUUUAAUAUCAAAAUAAAACCAAUUCGAAAAAAAGAGAUUUAAUAUUCUUACCUUUUUUUCCAUUUACCAAGCCAACCGUCUGAAGCUUUGAAAUCUUCUACUCCAAGCUCCUGUGCAUAGCUUUUAGCUUUCUCCUUUAGUAUUGUCCCAUCGAUUGGUAUGUUUUUGCUUCGUUGUGAAACAAACCAUUUGAACACGACAAUAUCUACUUCUGAGAAUUUACCAUCUCAGAUCUUUCUUUUCUUGCUCGAAGAUUUUUCGAGAGCAGAAAAAAGUUUUUCCUUAUUGGCUAGCCAAGUUGAUAUCGUGUUUUUAGGCACCCCGUACUUUUUAGCGAUAUCUUUAUUUGGAAUACCUUUUUCCAAUUCUUUUAAUGCUUGGCAUUUUUCUGCCAAAGUUUUUACAACGAGCUUUCUUUUCGGUGGCAUUCUGACAAAGGAAAUCACAAAAAAAACAUUGCAAAAUCUACCUGUUUUACAAUGGAAUGUC